AUGCACGGACACAGAGUGACCGCCACGCAGAGAACACGAAGCCUGCAGCGCAGAAUGACUCCUCUGUUGCAGUUCGACGUCGUAGGGGGCGCAUAUCGUAGGCGUACGCUGCCUGGCGCAGAUGCCAGUGGACACAGCGCUGCAGUGCAUUGUUUCUGGUUAUGGACGUAUCCGGCAGGGCUUGAUAGUCGCUUAUGCGUAUCUUCCGACUUUGCGAAGUCGGGAAAUGGGGAGGAGGCUUUGGCGAGCGAGCCUAGUAGGGCUGGUUUUCUGGUCAGUGGAGGGAGUUAUAGGCGCGUCGUUGUUUGGGAUCUUGGCAAGGACAGGCUGGUCAAGGUGCUGCAAGAUCAUCUUGACAGCGUGCUGUGUGUUCGUGUCGAUAGUGGGAGGCUGGUGACGUGUUCCAAAGACCAGACUGUCAGAACAUAUGGGUUUCCGUCGUUGAAGCCUCAAUUCGUGUUUCGUGCACAUCGUGCAGCUAUUAACGUUGUUGGUGACGUGAUAGUGUCUGGCUCUGGUGACCGUUCCAUACGCGUUUGGAAUGCAAAUACUGCAAAUAUUGCCUCUAUCGAGUUCAAGCCCCCAUAUUUGUUGUCUGGCUCAUCAGACAUGCAUUUGCGCAUGUUUGACAUAGCAUCGUCGCAAGGCUGGUCGACAAACCCUGAGGUCAACACUAUUCCCUCUGCCACGGUUCCUAGCUUGACCUCCUCAACAUCGCAUGUUCAAGAUGAUAUUGCAAUGAUACCGGGACACACGACCGUUGCCCUUGGGGAGGAGUUUGCCGUCAGUGGGAGCUAUGAUUUAACCAUUAAGCUGAAAGCGCACCUCGCAGAGGAUCUGUAUUUGGGAUUUCUCACAUGGAAUUGA